AAAAUAUCCUGGCUGAUGACAUUUUCGAGGCAUAAAUUAAUAAAUGUAAAUACUCAGAUUUAACUUUACCGGAAGUACCAUAUUUUACCCGGAAGUAAAGUGCACCGAAAGGCAAGAAACAGUUGGGAGACAAAACAUCAAUGGGGGUCACUUGUGUGUGCCAGGUGCCUGUGGCUGAGGGGAAGAGUGUGCAGCAGACAGUGGACAUCCUGCACAAGAAGCUGGAGCAGCUGGGUGCAGUGAAGCAGGGCAGCUUCUGUGUAGACUGUGAGACAUACCAUGCAACAGGGAAUGUCAGCGGUCAGCCCUCCAAGCUCUUAUAUGUGAUGCACAACUCUGAAACUCCCCUGAGCUGCCUGGGUCUGUUUGAAGGCGGACCCUGCCUGAUAGCUGACGCUAACUUUGACGUUCUCAUGGUGAAGCUAAAAAGUCACUUCCAGAAUGCCAAGGGGCACAAGGUGGAGUGUCGUGGUGCCAGAUACCGCUACUGUGACUUCUUGAUAAAAGUUGGUACAGUGACAAUGAGCUCCAGUGCCAGAGGGAUAUCAGUAGAGGUGGAGUACUGUCCCUGUGUGGUUCCGGGGGACUGCUGGAAUCUCAUGAAGGAGUUCAUGCAGUCCUUUCUCGGCUCCAGCGUCCCGGAGCUGCCAUCUGUGUUUGCUGCCAAGCCCGAAGGACUCUUCGCACCAGCAGACUCUGUUGACACCAUGACUCAGUACCUGGAGUUGUUCAACAAACUUCGUAAACUUCAAAUCCCAGGAAGUAACGUGCGAUGAUGUGUUAGCGGUAACGGAGAUAUCUAUUUUUUUAUAUGUUAGUGUUGAUAUUGCUUUAAUUGUGGUCCUGUGGAUCUGCACGGUAUCCAGGCAGUUUUGAAAGCCUGCAUUUUUUUUAUUUCCAUUUCUGGUGCUUCAGUAUUGCAUUACACGUUCUUGUUUGAUAAAGCAUCUUGUAAUAAAAAGACAGAACAGAGGACAUUUA